AUUAUCAAUAAUAAUGGAAGAGAAUCUUUUGAAUAUAGAUGGACCUCUAAACAAAUCUGAAAUUAAUUUAAUUGACUAAUCCAAACUUUCAAUCGAUCAAACUAAAGAAUAAACAAUAAAAGCGCUAUCUAUAACUAAUUCUGAAGAACCAAAAAAUGAUUGCGAUUUUUGCUUCAAUGGAAAAAACUUUUGCUUUGGUCGUUUCAUAUUAUUAGCAUGCUGUUUCGUGGUCCUUCUCUCUGCUUUUCUAUUAUGUUAUAGAGAUCCGUUUAAAACUUCAAACUUUCCAUCAAUUUUCUUGCUUAUUCUAGAUGCAAUAUGUUUUAUCCUAAUUUUUAGAUUUUCUUGGCACUAUACUAAAAAACAAAAGAACAUUUAGCGAGAGAGGCUGUUACCAGAUUGAUGAGCUAAAUUGUUAUUAUUUAAAUAAAC